UAUUGUGAUACUGACGGCCUGCUUGACCUAAUGAUAAUAAGUGUUGUUGAUCACGUCAUUUACAUGAGUGUAAGAGAAAGUCCAAAGACCGCAAUUUUAGUAGAUGUCUAUACUGAUCAGUCAUUUGUGAGCGUUUGAUAUAAGAACAUCGGUUCAUUGUGACAUCACUUUAAUAAUGAAAAUAUUUAUAACAAUAUAAAAUCUCUCAAACAGUUAGAUAUUUAAAUAAUUUUUGGUGAAUUUUUAUUUAUGCACAAGUACAAUUCUUAUUACAAAAACGGAUACAUUAAAUUUAAGUUUGAGGAUUAAAAAAGUGCAGAACGAAACGAAACUUGAUUAAGGUGGCCAAUUAUUUCGUGAACCAACGAUGUUCACUGUUAUAUUGCUAUCACUUAUCCUUAUAUUAUGGAUGUAUAAUUAUUAUGUGCAAUAUGGAAAAACUGGGCGAUUAAUCAAUCUUAUACCAGGACCACCAGCUCAUCCGAUUAGUGGGCAUGUAUUGAAAUAUAUAUCACAAUUUAGCUCACGUGUGGCGCUGUGGAAGCUUCUACGUUCAUUAUAUAAAGACAACUAUCCCAUUUUUAAAUUAUGGGCAUUCUCUGUGCCCCUAGUAUACAUCGGUCAUCCGGAUGAUUUAGAGACAAUAUUAAGCAGCACAAAACAUAUAGAAAAGAGUAUCCUAUAUGAUAUAUUUCAUCCCUGGAUGCAUACUGGUCUUCUCACUAGUGGAGGGACCAAGUGGCAUUUACGACGAAAGAUAUUAACUCCCUCAUUUCAUUUCACUAUAUUGAAGCAGUUUACUGAAAUCUUGAUCGAGGAAGCCGAAAACAUGGCCAAGUCAAUGAAAGAUACAGGAGGCACAGUUGUAAAAGAUUUACUACCACUUUUUAGUGAACAUACGCUAAAUGCAAUAUGUGAAACUGCCAUGGGCACUUCUUUAAAAAGUCUCGGUGAGUUUCAACAACAGUAUCGACAAGCAGUUCAUCGGAUGGGCGAACUUUUUGUUUAUAGGUAAUUAUAUUUUGUUUAUAGGUGUAAUAACUGAUUGCACACAC